UGGCAAACAUUCACAAUAAUUGUCACGUUUUUGUGUUUACAUGUGUUUUGAACGACAAAUGUGUUGAUAAUUAAUGAUCUGAUUUGUGGUCAAAGAGGAGGAAUACGAUGCAAAACGACGACGUGAUUUGGAGUGUUUUGAACGGAAGUUUUUGCUCACAUAAAGUGCAGACAAAGACUCAGCACUUUUGCCGCAAUGAGUACAACGUGUCGGGUCUGUGCAGUCGGACGGCGUGUCCGACAAAGACUCAGCACUUUUGCCGCAAUGAGUACAACGUGUCGGGUCUGUGCAGUCGGACGGCGUGUCCGUUGGCUAACAGUAAUUACGCGACGGUUAGGGAAGAGAAAGGCAUUUGUUAUUUGUUUGUAAAGACCAUCGAAAGAGCGGCCUUUCCAUCGAAAUUAUGGGAAAAGACUAAACUCUCGAAGAACUACGAGAAGGCUUUGGAACAAAUCGAUAAGAGUUUACUUUAUUGGCCGAAACACAUGAAACACAGGUGUAAACAGCGGUUAACGAAAAUAACACAAUAUUUAAUACGAAUGAGACGUUUGGCUCUCAGGAGACAGAAAAAGUUGGUUCCCUUGCAGUCAAAGAUCGAGAGACGGGAACGAAGGCGUGAAGUGAAGGCUCUUUUGGCCGCAAAACUCGAUAACGCCAUCGAAAAGGAGUUAUUAGAGAGACUGAAGAGAGGAACGUAUGGAGACGUCUAUAACUUCCCGCAAACGGCGUUUGAAAAGGCUUUGAAUGAGGAGGAGGUCGACAGUGACUCGCAAUCACUCAAAGACAAAGAAGUCGAGGAAGAGAUGGAAAGCGAUACGGAAGAGGCGGCCAUUGAGUACGUGGCGGCCAAUGACUUCCAAGAGAGUGACUCAGAGAUGGAAGACUACGACACGCGUGAAGACAUCACUUCAAGUGAUGAAUCCGACGACGAAAGCAAUGAUAAGAAGAAAUUACGCAAAAAGUCGGUUAAAAGUGGGCCUAAAAUUGAAAUCGAAUUCGAGAGGGAAUACGAAACGGCCGGUCCUUCGCGUCUCAAAUAGUUGUCAUUAUAUUAUCACAAAAAUCAUUACAUUUUAUUUGAAUAAAAAAUAAUAAAAGUUUUAAUUUUUCUCUAAUA